GGGGCGAUAUCUAAUCGGUCAAGUCCUCUUCACGUUUUUAAUGUCGAGUCAUGUAUUUUAGUUGCUUUCUCUCUUCAGAGAUCGAGAUGAAUUGUGAAAAUACAGUUUCCGCAAUUCAUCGUGACUCACCGCAUUCUCUCGAAACGAGCAAUCUACCGAUGAUUUAACCGAGUGCACGUCGCCCGUAGCCACUAGUAUUAUCUCUGGUAACAUCGUCGCAAGAGCAGCUGCGAGCACCAUCGCUAAUGCAAUUAUCAAUCGUACCGCAGCUAUAUUCAGAUUAAAUAUUACUGGUGACAUCGUCAGUCGAGAGCAAUGGGGCCGUUCGAAGUACUGUGCGGCAUCGCCGCCGUAAUUCUCGCCGUUUAUUACUACUUCACCUCGACCUUUGAUUUCUGGAAGUCGCGUGGCAUUCGCGGUCCACAACCUAUCCCAAUUUUCGGCACUGUCAAAAACGCUUUACUGAUGAAACAGAGCAUGGGCGAUUAUCUGAUGCAGGUAUACAAUGACUACAAGGAUGAACCCGUGGUUGGAAUCUUCUCCAGGAGAGAACCCGUCCUCGUUGUAAAGGAUGCCGAGUUGAUCAAGGAGGUUCUCAUCAAAGAUUUCUCCAAGUUCGCUGACAGGGGGAUUAUCACUUAUGACAAGGUUGAACCGCUAUCGCAGCAUCUUUUUAAUUUGGAGCCCAAGAGAUGGCGACCGUUAAGGAUGAAGCUGUCGCCGGUAUUCACAUCCGGGAAAUUAAAGGAGAUGUUCUCCUUGAUAUCGGACUGCGCCGAGAACUUGGGACAAUACGUCGAGAAAGUGGCGAUCAAGAACGAAGCGGUGGAGUGCCGUGAAUUAACGGCCAAAUACACGACCGACGUUAUCGGUACCUGUGCCUUCGGCAUCGAGAUGAACGCUCUGUCGGACGAAGACAGCGAAUUCCGUAAAGUGGGGAGAGCCGUAUUUGCUACUAGUUGGCUUAAUGUGAUACGAUUCAGACUCAGACGGUCCUUUCCAUGGCUUUUUACACUGCUCGCUUAUAUUCUGCCGUAUACGAAAAGCACGAGAUUCUUCAUGCGUACUAUCGCGGAGAGCAUAGACUACAGGGAGAAAAAUAAUAUCGUCAGACACGACUUCGUUGACAUAUUGCGCGAAUUGAAAAAACAUCCGGAUAAAGUGAGCGACAUUACUUUGACCGACAGUUUGCUGGUUUCUCAAGCAUUUGUAUUUUUCGUUGCUGGAUUUGAAACAUCGUCGACGACCAUGAGCAAUGCACUCUACGAGUUGGCAUUAAAUCCUAAAGUGCAAAGCAGGCUACGCGAGGAAAUUGAUCAGGAGUAUGCAAAACAUGGUAGUAAUCUGACGUAUGAGAAUAUCAAAAGUAUGCCUUACUUGGAUAAAGUCUUCAAAGAAACCUUAAGAAAAUAUCCGCCAGCAACAUUCCUUCUGAGGCAAUCGACAGAAGCUCAUACUUUCGGUGGCACCUCAGUUACUAUACCGAAAGAUGUAAAAGUAUGGAUUCCGGUUUACGCGAUUCACCGAGAUUCAGACAUUUAUCCAGAACCGGAUGUAUUUGAUCCCGAAAGAUUUGACGAGGAAGCUUCGCAAAAGAGGAACGCAAUGUCUUAUCUACCUUUCGGCGAUGGUCCAAGAAAUUGCAUUGGUGCCCGCUUUGCCAUUUUCCAGACUAAGAUUGGACUUAUCAAGUUACUACGAAAUUACAAAGUUGAAACAUGCGAGAAAACACAACCCUACGUAAACGAUCCUAAAGCAUUUUUACUAGCACCGAAAAACGGGAUACAUUUAAGAAUAACUAAAGUUAAUCGAUCUUAGAUUAAGCUUUUUAGAAUGUAUCUAAAAAAAGAGUCAAGAACUAGAUUAAUAAUAGUCGAGAACAAUAUCUUAUUCUUUAUUUUAUUCUAUUAAGAUUAAUUUAUUAAUGUUUUACACCGAUAUUUCAUCACAUCAAUUAGUUAUUUUUAAAAAAUUUUAUAUUUUGUAUGGACUAUUUUACAAAACACAAAUUUUGAUGGACUAUAUCGUUAGCUAUUACGCAUAAUAGCUAACGAUACGCAUAUGCACAUGUAUUUUAGGGCAUUAAUGUAUAUUAAAGACUCUCAUAUGUAUAAAUUAAUAUAAACAUUACAACUGAAAC